UUACACAAAAGAACUCAAGAGAUGGUUGCUUUUCCAGGGAGCUUACUUUGCCUGGAAAGCAACAGCCAUGGGGAAGAAUUACGUCAAUGGGAAGACAUUCCUUGAGAAAAGAUACAACGAAGAUUUGGAGCUUGAAGAUGCCAUUCACACAGCUAUCUUAACACUAAAGGAGAGCUUUGAAGGGCAGAUGACAGAAGACAACAUUGAAGUUGGCAUCUGUAACGAAGCUGGUUUUAGGAGGCUCACUCCAACCGAGGUUAAGGAUUACUUGGCUGCAAUAGCCUAGUAGAAACUGAGCAAGACUGUGUGGUUCACACAGAGGUCUUUUUAAUUUUAGCUACUUCAAUGUUUUUGUUUGCAAUUUUUUUGCAUACUUAUUUCUACAUGGUUUGUCUGAGAGAUUUUUUUAAAUAUCAUGUGUGCAAAUGCAACAGUCCUAAUAUACAUGGAAUCUUAUUACAGGUAACUCUUUCCCUUGAUACAUAGAAUCUUUGUACACAAAAUACUGUACAAAAUGUAAAGUUAUAAUGACAGCCUGAAAAAGGCUUAAGAAUAAAAUUUGAAGGCCACCGUUUUGGGGGAAGGUGUCUGUGUGUCUUUUUAAUCAUAGCUUGUUUAUCUGCAUGAAGCUCUUUAUUGUUGAGGAAACAGAAUUUUCCACGUUCAGCUGUGAAGAACUCAUGUUAUACCUUCUUUUAAAGAAUUAAAAUUUUGAGUGGGCAGGAUAAUUUUUUUUCACUUUGGAAUAUUGUUUAGAUGUUAAGUGACUUCCAAAAAUGGUUUUCUCUGGUGUAAAAGAUCAUGUACUUUCACAGAGAGGCAGAAGAGUCUUCCAUUUCAGGUGUGAACUGUGAUCUACUUGAGCAUCUCUGCUCUUGACCCUCUUGUUCUUUGUGUCUCAAGAACUUGUUUUCUAUUUCUUGGGUUAUUUUUGUGGCCCUAGAGAUAGCAUGUUUUUCAAUGCUGAAAUAUUGUUAGAAAUAAUGGAAGCAAUAACUCUUACUGAAAACUAAUUGCACUUAUCACCAUCAAUAAAAACCAAUAGGGGUUACAAAUCAAAAUGGGAAUAUUUAAAGUAAUUUCUUUAUACCUUGAGUUGUGCUAAAGUAUUUCCCAACUUGCAAGAUAAUUCUAAAGGUGCAGUAAUGAAAAGAACACCUAAUUUAUGCAUCACAACUUUUACAGAGGCAGAACUAGAUGCUUCAAUAUUACUCUGUGUUUGUCUUGAUAUAUUUGUUAUAUGUGUAGAGUCUUUCAGGUUAUAUAGAGACACAAAAUUUACCGCAAAAGAAACAGGAUAAAUAUAUGUACUGUUUUCAGCAGGAAUAAUCUGCUCUGCAGCCAUUUAUGUUACUGUUUGCAGAUUUAUUUACUAUUUUUUAAAGCAGUCUGACUGUUAAAAUGUUGAUAAUGAAGUGGGAGUGAUAGCUGGGCCACUCUGCCUGGUCAUAUGGGAGCUACGAUGGGAAUGUAUGGGAGCAGCCCUGCAGGUUAUGUGUUGCCUGGCCAUAACUAAGGAAGAAAAUAUAAAAUGAGUUAGUCAGCAGAAAGUAGUGUGUUAAGCUAAUUGAUCUGUUCUGUUGUCUGUCUUCUCACGUUUUAUGCUCUCAAUAGGUAAAUAAGAAUUUCUGAAGCAUGCCGCAAAUGAAGUUUUAUUUCCUAAUGUCAGAAAUAAAAGCUGUGUCCAAACGGUU